AUAGCGAUAGCGGUUGUCAACAAUUUUGCAAGUUGUGUAAACUGUUCUGUUAAUUUGAGGCUUAGAUAAAAUUAACUGAAAAUGGCUACAGUUUUGUGUCCAGAAAUACCAGCGUCUGGUUUUUCAUUCGAAAAUUGUAAAAGAAAUGCACUUCUUGAAAAUAAGGGCCUUGCUCUUCCAAAAGCCACUAAAACAGGUACUACCAUCGUAGGAAUAAUCUAUAAAGAUGGGGUUAUUCUUGGAGCUGAUACUAGAGCUACAGAAGACACUACAGUUGCAGACAAGAACUGUGAAAAGAUUCACUUCCUUGCACCCAAUAUGUAUUGUUGUGGUGCUGGUACUGCAGCAGAUACAGAAAUGACCACUCAGAUGGUAGCUGCUAAAUUAGAACUCCACAGAUUAUACACAAACCGAGUUACUAGAGUGUGUACAGCAAAUCAAUUAUUAAAACAAUAUCUAUUCCGCUACCAAGGAUAUAUUGGAGCUGCUUUAAUUCUUGGGGGUGUUGAUAUUGAAGGACCACAUCUAUAUAUGAUUCAUCCACAUGGAUCAAGUGUUGAUCUUCCUUAUGGCACAAUGGGUUCUGGUUCUUUAGCAGCCAUAUCUGUCUUUGAAUCCCGCUGGAAGCCCCAAAUGGAAGAGGAAGAAGGGGUCCAACUAGUAAGAGAUGCUAUUGCAGCUGGUAUAUUCAAUGAUCUAGGUUCAGGCUCCAAUGUAGAUAUCUGUGUAAUAAGAAAAGGUUCAGUAGACUACAAACGAACCUAUGAUGAGGCCAACAAAAAGGGAGUUAAACAGGGAUCUUAUAGAUAUCAAAGAGGAACAACUGCAGUGCUUAGUACACAGGUGGUGGAUGUUGAAGAAGUCUCAGUGAUUCCUAUCGAGGCUGAGCAAAUGGAUGUUGCUUAAAUAUUACAGUUAAAUAAAUGUCAUUGUAUUCUUUUUGGUAUUUACUUUAAUAU